UUCUCGUUCACGUCUUUCUAAUGGAGCGGCGCAUCCCCUGGCGACAACCGCUGAUCCUGGGAAUAUCUGGACCUCCUCCAAACCUACCCCUAACCACCAACCACUCACCAACACAACAACAGCAAAGUAGCAGCAGCUUGUCGCGCAUUGCAUAGCCAAUUCUUUUCUGCUUUUCCUUUAAGCUCACAUUGCUCUACCACUGACUAACAAAGAAACUGGCAAGAAUGGUCCGUCUCUGUGGAAUCUGUCGUCAACCCGGCCAUAACCGCAAAAACUGUCCAGUUCCUGUUAUUGAUCUCGAUACGCCGCCUUGUGGGCUUGAUAAACCUCCUCAAGCACAAGCACAAUCCACGUAUACGGUUUCGGUGCAACCUCGCGGCAUAGAUCCCGGUGUGGGUUUGGGGUCGGGGUUGGUUCAGGGGUUGUUGAGGGUGAAGGCGGAGCCGGUUGAUGAUUGGGGGAUGAAUGCGCCGCGAAGCGCGACAGAUAUCCCUCAGAGUAUCGCGGAAGAUACUAUCAACGUCUCCAUGCCGGCGCCGGUCGUUACCACAGUUUCUACUUUGGGUUACACGCCUCAUGCCGCACCACCAACCCCUUGCCAACCAUCACCAGCAGAACUCUUCAGCAACCCGAUGCAGUGCAGAGUCUGCAAGCAGUCUGGUCACGAUCACUCAAGCUGCCCCCUCCUCCGCCAAGCCGAAGAACACAGGAGAAACGCUGACUUUACUCUUCAACCAAUUCUCACGCAACAACCAAAUCUCCGGCUCGCCCAACGUCACCAACAUGCCAAAGUCCUGGCCUCAAUACACCCUGUCCCUCCUCCACCAGCUGCGAACAAACCGUACGUCAUCACAUUGGAUCAGUCUGCUUGGAGGAAUGUGGCUCAGAGUUUCGUGAGGCCUGGUGCGCAGCAGCAGUGGAUGGUUACCCAGGGGUGUUUGUACACUUACACGAACUCUGGCCCUCCUACCUCGGCACCGGGGGCAGCUCCUCGUGUCCAGCUUGCAACCCAGCCGGCUGCUGUUCCGCGUCCGCAGCCAUCGAUCGAGCCUACUCCUGUCCAGACCGCAGGGCAGUCUUCUAGAGGCGCCGGCGUCGUCGGUCCUGCUCCACCUCCGCCGUCUAGUGAGCUCGAAAAAAACACAUAUUUCCUCUUUUCCGGGUACGAUGCGUUGUCGUCUGCAACUACAGCUCCCCUGAGCGAAGCACCCACCGCACACCACCCUAUCAAUCCACUGGAGCAUCCCCCUUCGUCUCGAGAGACAUCACAAGCCCCGUCCGCCCCUGCAGACCAGCUCCCUCCCCCAGUACCGAAGGUCGCGAAGCAGAAAAUGUCAAGGGAAGAAGCACUCCGCAGAAAGCGUGAACGAGGCAAUGCAUAUCGUCGUCGACUCGCCGAAAUCCGCGGCCAAGCCAAGGUCACUAUUCCUGUUUCAAAGCCUGAGGCUGCUUCAACCCUGACUACCACUUCCACUGUGCCCGGUAUCCCAGCCCCAACCCUCGAUCCGACCAUGAAAGUUCCCCCGCAACCGCAACCGCAACAGAAAGAACCAGCAUGGUCCAACGAACGUAUCUCUUCAAAGCUGUCUGACGCAGCAGUCGCGGCCGCCAACCCCCGCCCACGCUAUCCCGCCUACGUCCCGCCCACCCCUCCCAGCGAAGAGGAAAUCAAGGAUGCUUUGGCGAAGGAGGGUUUGAGGACGGAGGGGGGAAAAGUUCGGAUUGGGAGGUGUGGGGGAUGUACGGGGGUUGGGCAUAAUGUCACGACGUGUCCCGGAGUCGGGGUUAGGGGGGUGGGGUGAGGAGAAGUGCGAGGGGGAGGGGAAGGGAGGAGGUGGGGGAGGAGGAUGGGGCUGGGGAGGUUGUUAGCGAUGACGACGAGGAGAGGGAAAGGGAGGGGAGGGUGGUGAAGAGGGUUAAGUUUGGUGAGACUGACGGG